GCGGGGAGGCCGGAAGCGGCGGCGCGAUGGAGCUGAGCGAGAUGCUGUAUAACAAGUCCGAGUACAUCGAGACGGCAUCUGGCAACAAAGUCAGCAGACAGUCUGUGCUCUGCGGAAGCCAGAACAUAGUUCUGAAUGGAAAGACGAUAGUUAUGAAUGAUUGUAUUAUUCGUGGUGAUUUGGCAAACGUAAGAGUUGGACGCCACUGCGUUGUGAAAAGCCGCAGUGUCAUCAGGCCGCCUUUCAAGAAAUUCAGCAAGGGAAAUAAGCUAUACCAGUAUAAGGGUCGUAGGUGUGUUUUGAAAGACUGCUGCAAAAUUCUAGCCAACACAGUUCUUCCCCCUGAAACCGUGGUCCCGCCUUUUACAGUCUUUUCAGGCUGCCCAGGGCUCUUCUCUGGAGAACUCCCCGAGUGCACCCAAGAGCUGAUGAUGGAUGUUACAAAGAGCUAUUACCAGAAGUUCUUGCCACUUACUCAGGUGGCCUCUGCCAGGGCCUAAAGACCAAGUCACCAGCGAAGACCUCACAAACGCAGCCCUGUUAAAAUCCCCUAGAUCUGGCCCUUUUAACCUCCGUCCUCUGGAGCAUCGCUCUGUCUGGGCUCGUCUCUGAACCUCUGCCUGCUGGCUAGCUGCACUGGCUGGAACGAUGAAGUGUCCCUAGGUUGGUGCCUGCCACCACUGCCUCCUGGGAGUUGUCGUUUCCUGAUGUCUACAAUUAGCCUGAUACAGUAGAAUGAACCACAACUUCCAAGAGGAGGCUUUGCUGCACAGAUCUGGAGCAAACGGCCACAGGGGAGCUAGUUGGCUUUGGGGGCAAUGGAGACUCCGCUACUGGAUUCCUCUGAUCAGGAACCUUUUAAAAACAUUCUCACUUGCUUAAACAAUAAACCAACCCUGCAUUCUGCCACCAUCCUGCUUUGUGAGCCAUGAAUGCCCUGCCCUUGACGGGACCGGGCUGCUGGCAGCAUUACACCAUGCUCGCGUGCUUUGUUUGAAAUAUAAACAGUGCUCAGAAACGUAACAAAAUCAGAGCUUUAGGAAGCUGCCUUCUCCCAGCCUGUGCUUCCAGGAUAGCUGGGGUCAGCCACAAAAGAGAUUUCACUAUCCCGCCAAGCCUCACGAGCACUGUGUAACUGCUGGUUAUCAUGGGGCCCUGCCACGAGACGGAAUGGGCCCCAGGAGCAUUGCUGGAGGUCAGACCAGCUCUACAAAGACAGGAGCCCCCAGCCCAGGCUGGGGAUUUCUUGGAACUAGGUGAGCCAUUGGCUGCAAUAUUAGUGACCCUGCAGGGCUUAGUGUUGGCUCCUAACAUGUGUCCAGCACUCCAGUUCCGGAUGAGCCAUCAACUCUCAAGUCCCUUCUAGAAAAGCUCUUAAUGUCUCUAGCUUGAGGUACCAAUUAGCCAGUAUUUAUUUAAACUUGGCAGCAGCGUCUCCUGGGAGGGGCUGGCUAACUGCUUACAAAGGUGCCUUGUACCAGCUGGGGCCGUGUUUUGAGUCAUCCUCACACUCCUGGGGUUAAAUGAAGCUGGUUCGGUUAAUGGGGAGGGGAAGCCAGGGCAGGGCUAUUUGUAAAUUAACCUAUAAAACACUGACCUGAGCCCUGUUUACAGUUCAUGUGAGCUGUUAGCAGUGAGCAGAGCCAAAGGACAGAGUGCCAUCCGGCUCCCACACUAAUUAAAAUACAAAGGAAGGGUGGUUUGUUUGCACAUGUUGUUUUUUAAAAAGCUCCGCGGCACGCCUGUUCGGGCCUGGCAGCACCCGGCCGGGAAACACAAACCCUUCAAACUAGAACCCUUCUGAAGGGCUGGCUGGGGUGCCAGAUCAGAAAACCCCGCAGUGCCCUUGUUACUAACGGGAUCACUGUGAAUCUGCUGCGCUCAGGCCGAUAAGAGCCACUAUCAACCAGGGCAAA